GCCAGCCACCGAUAGAGUGCGAGCGAGCGUAUGACUACAUUUUAGUGAAUUCUCUGGAUUUUUGUAUUUUUUAUGGUUGUUGUUUUUUUUAUUGGAUUCGUCAUAACAUUGGAGGAAAUUAUGUGCAGCUAAACGAACUUGAUUCGAUAUAAUAUCGAAAUAAUACCACAACAAGGAAAGAGAAAUAUAGAAAAAGAGGCGAAGAGACCUUAACACACACACACACACCCAACAACAGUAUUAAAAGGCGAGAGCAAAAUUUGAACGACUAAUACCAACAUAAAUACUUACAUCUGAAACUAAACUUCAAACUACGAACGACCAUGGAGAAUUUUACUCCUAAAGAGGUUAAAAUCCUCGAAACCGUCGAAGAUAUCCAGGAGCGGCGUGAACAGGUGCUUUCGCGUUACAAUGAAUUCAAAAUUGAGACACGCCAGAAGCGUGAGAAGCUCGAAGACUCACGUCGCUUCCAAUACUUCAAGCGAGAUGCUGACGAAUUGGAAUCGUGGAUUAAUGAAAAACUACAGGCAGCUAGCGAGGAGAGUUAUCGUGACCCCACCAACCUCCAGGCGAAAAUUCAAAAACAUCAAGCCUUUGAGGCUGAAGUAUCGGCUCAUAGCAAUGCCAUUGUGUCUUUGGACAAUACCGGUCAGGAAAUGAUUAAUCAAAGCCAUUUCGCUUCUGAGACUAUUCGCCGGCGACUCGAUGAAUUGCAUCGCCUGUGGGAGUUGUUGCUCAGUCGCCUGGCCGAAAAGGGUCAGAAGUUGCAACAGGCUUUGGUUCUUGUACAAUUCUUGCGUCAAUGUGAAGAGGUGAUGUUCUGGAUUAAGGACAAAGAGGCAUUUGUUACAGCCGAUGAGUUCGGUCAAGAUUUGGAACAUGUCGAGGUGUUGCAACGCAAAUUCGACGAGUUCCAAAAGGAUAUGGCUUCGCAGGAAUACCGUGUGACGGAGGUUAACCAAUUGGCCGAUAAAUUGAUUCAGGAUGCCCAUCCCGAUCGUGAUACGAUAACCAAGCGCAAAGAUGAUUUGAAUGAGGCUUGGCAGCGCUUGAAGCAGCUUGCCAUUGUACGCCAAGAGAAGCUAUUUGGGGCUCAUGAAAUUCAACGUUUCAAUCGUGAUGCCGACGAGACCGUGGCUUGGAUCGCUGAAAAGGAUGUUGUGUUGUCUUCGGAUGACUAUGGCCGUGACUUGGCCAGUGUGCAAGCUUUGCAGCGCAAGCACGAAGGUGUUGAACGUGACUUGGCCGCUUUAGAAGAUAAGGUAUCUACUUUGGGAGCUGAGGCCCAACGCUUGUGCUCCAUUCACGCUGACCACAGCGAUCAGAUUCGUGACAAGCAAGCCGAAAUUGCCAACUACUGGCAGAGUCUGAAGGCUAAGGCUGGCGAGCGUAAACAAAAAUUGGACGAGUCAUAUUUCCUACACCGUUUCUUGGCCGACUUCCGCGAUUUGGUUUCAUGGAUAAAUGGCAUGAAGGCCAUUAUCUCAGCCGAUGAAUUGGCCAAGGAUGUUGCCGGCGCCGAAGCGCUUUUGGAACGCCACCAGGAACAUAAGGGAGAGAUCGAUGCCCGCGAGGACAGUUUCCGCUUAACAACCGAGUCUGGCCAAAAGCUUUUGGAGCGUGAGCAUUAUGCCGCCGCCGAGAUUCAAGAGAAAUUGGGUUGUUUGGAGAAUGACAAGAGUUCCCUGCUCUCGUUGUGGGAAGAAAGACGCAUCCUGUAUGAGCAAUGCAUGGAUUUGCAAUUGUUCUACCGUGACACUGAACAGGCCGACACUUGGAUGGCCAAACAAGAGGCUUUCUUGGCCAACGAAGAUCUGGGUGACUCUUUGGAUUCUGUUGAAGCCCUGAUUAAGAAACACGAAGAUUUCGAAAAGAGUUUGGCCGCUCAAGAGGAGAAAAUCAAGGCCCUCGAUAUCUUCGCCACAAAACUUAUCGAUGGCCAACAUUAUGCCGCCGAUGAUGUGGCUCAAAGGCGUCAAAUGCUUUUGGCCAGACGUGCCGCGCUCUUGGAGAAAUCCAAUAGACGUCGUCAGUUGUUGGAGGACUCCAACCGUUAUCAACAAUUUGAACGUGAUUGUGACGAGACCAAGGGCUGGAUCAGCGAGAAAUUGAAGUUCGCUACCGAUGACAGCUAUUUGGACCCAACCAACUUGAAUGGCAAGAUGCAAAAGCAUCAGAACUUCGAGCACGAACUCAACGCCAACAAGUCACGUAUUGAGGACAUCACCACUGUGGGCACUGAGCUGAUUGAGAAGCAGCACUACGCGGCUGACCAAAUCAACACACGCAUGCAGGAAAUUGUUGUGUUGUGGGAGACCUUGGUGCAAGCAUCCGAUAAGAAGGGCUGUAAGUUACACGAAGCUUGCCAACAGCAACAGUUCAACCGCACCAUUGAAGACAUUGAAUUGUGGUUGAGCGAAAUCGAGGGUCAACUUUUGUCGGAAGACCAUGGCAAAGACUUGACUUCCGUGCAGAAUCUGCAGAAGAAGCAUGCCCUCUUGGAAGCCGAUGUUAUGGCCCAUCAAGACCGCAUUGAAAGCAUUAAGGUCGCGGCCAACAAAUUCAUUGAAUCCGGUCAUUUUGAUGCCGACAAUAUCCGCCAGAAGGAGGGCAAUUUGUCCACACGUUAUGCCGCCUUGGCAGCUCCCAUGGCCGAGCGCAAGCAACAUUUGACCGACUCCUUGCAAGUUCAACAAUUGUUCCGUGAUUUGGAAGAUGAGGCUGCUUGGAUCAGAGAAAAGGAGCCCAUUGCAGCCUCCACCAAUCGCGGCCGUGACCUAAUCGGUGUUCAAAACCUGAUUAAAAAGCACCAAGCUGUUAUGGCUGAAAUCAAUAACCACGAUGCUCGUCUCUUGAAUGUCAUUAGCUCUGGCGAAAACAUGCUGAAGGAUCAACCCUUUGCCAGUGAUGACAUCAGACAACGCGUAGAUGCCUUGCAAGAGCAAUGGACCAACUUGAAGGAUAAGGCCAACCAACGCAAGCAAGACCUGGAUGACUCUUUGCAGGCCCAUCAGUACUUUGCCGAUGCCAAUGAGGCAGAAUCAUGGAUGCGCGAAAAGGAGCCCAUUGCCACCGGCAACGAUUAUGGCAAGGAUGAGGACUCCUCUGAGGCGUUGUUGAAGAAACAUGAGGCCUUGGUCUCUGAUUUGGAGGCCUUCGGCAAUACCAUCCAAGGUUUGCAAGAACAAGCCAAGAAUUGUCGCCAGCAGGAGACGCCAGUGGUCGACAUUACCGGCAAGGAAUGUGUUGUCGCCUUGUAUGACUACACCGAGAAGAGUCCCCGUGAAGUGUCCAUGAAGAAGGGCGAUGUCUUGACCCUUUUGAAUUCGAACAACAAGGAUUGGUGGAAGGUUGAGGUGAACGAUCGCCAAGGCUUUGUUCCCGCUGCUUACAUUAAGAAAAUUGAAGCUGGCCUCAGUGCCAGUCAACAGAAUUUGGUAGACAAUCAUUCCAUUGCCAAGAGACAAGCGCAAAUUAACUCUCAAUACGACAACCUAUUGACGUUGGCCCGUGAGCGCCAAAACAAGCUUAACGAAACCGUCAAGGCCUAUGUUCUGGUGCGUGAAGCCGCCGACCUUGCCAACUGGAUUAAGGACAAGGAAAAUCAUGCCCAAAUUGCCGAUGUGGUUGGCGAAGAUUUGGAAGAGGUCGAGGUAUUGCAAAAGAAAUUCGAUGACUUCAAUGACGAUCUGAAGGCCAAUGAGGUGCGUUUGGCCAAUAUGAAUGAGAUAGCCAUUCAAUUGACUUCGCUGGGCCAGACCGAAGCGGCCAUGAAAAUUCAAACCCAAAUGCAGGACUUGAAUGAGAAAUGGAACAAUUUGCAAACGUUGACUGCCGAAAAGGCGAGCCAAUUGGGUUCGGCUCACGAGGUGCAACGCUUCCAUCGUGACAUCGAUGAAACCAAAGAUUGGAUUGCCGAAAAGGAGAAUGCCCUCAACAAUGAUGACUUGGGCAAGGACUUGCGCAGUGUACAGACAUUGCAACGCAAACACGAAGGUGUGGAACGUGAUUUGGCUGCUUUGCGCGACAAGAUCCGCCAGUUGGAUGAGACCGCCAACCGUUUGAUGGUAUCCCAUCCCGAUACGGCCGAGCAGACCUAUGCCAAACAAAAGGAAAUCAAUGAAAUGUGGGAUCAAAUCACCACCAAGGCCACCGCACGCAAAGAGAAACUUUUGGAUUCGUAUGAUUUGCAGAGGUUCUUGAGCGAUUACCGUGACCUCUUGGCCUGGAUCAAUUCCAUGAUGAGUUUGGUCACCUCCGAUGAAUUGGCCAACGAUGUUACCGGAGCUGAAGCCCUCAUUGAAAGACACCAGGCUCAUCGUUCCGAAAUCGAAUACAUGUUUGGAAAUAGUAGCGCCAAAAGCUUCUUCCAUCCAACACCAAAAGAAGAGGAGCACCGCACUGAGAUCGAUGCCCGAGCUGGCACCUUUGGAGCCUUCGAGCAAUUCGGCAAUGAGUUGUUGCAGGCAAAUCACUAUGCCUCUCCCGAGAUCAAGGAGAAAAUCGAAGACUUGGCCAAGACCCGGGAAGAUUUGGAGAAGGCCUGGACCGAGCGCCGUUUGCAAUUGGAGCAAAAUCUCGAUUUGCAAUUGUACAUGCGUGACUGUGAGUUGGCCGAAGCCUGGAUGUCUGCCCGCGAGGCCUUCCUUAAUGCCGAGAACGUGGAUGAUACCGGCGACAACGUAGAGGCCCUCAUCAAGAAACACGAAGAUUUCGACAAGGCCAUUAAUGGGCACGAGGAGAAGAUUGCUGCCUUGCAAGUGCUGGCCGAUACGUUGAUCAAUCAGAAUCACUAUGCCUCGGAUCUUAUCGAUGACAAGCGCAAGCAGGUUUUGGAACGCUGGCGCCACUUAAAGGAUGGCCUUAUCACCAAACGUUCUCGUUUGGGUGAUGAGCAGACCUUGCAGCAGUUCUCUCGUGAUGCUGAUGAGAUCGAAAACUGGAUUGCGGAGAAAUUGCAAUUGGCCACCGAGGAGAGUUACAAGGAUCCGGCCAACAUCCAAUCCAAACAUCAAAAACAUCAAGCCUUCGAGGCUGAAUUGGCCGCCAACGCUGAUCGUAUCCAAAGCGUUUUGGCCAUGGGUGAGAAUUUGAUUGAUAAGAAGCAAUGUUCGGGCUCUGAGGAUGCCGUCCAGAAGAGACUCACCCAAAUCGCCGAUCAAUGGGAAUAUCUUACCCACAAGACCACUGAGAAAUCGUUGAAACUGAAGGAGGCCAACAAGCAGCGCACCUACAUUGCUGCCGUCAAGGACUUGGACUUUUGGUUGGGCGAAGUUGAAUCUUUGUUGACCACUGAGGAUUCUGGCAAGGACUUGGCCUCUGUGCAGAAUCUGAUGAAGAAGCACCAAUUGGUCGAAGCUGACAUUCUGGCCCAUGAAGAUCGCAUCAAGGAUAUGAACAAGCAGGCUGACUCUUUGGUUGAGAGUGGCCAGUUCGAUAGUGCCGGCAUUCAAGAGAAACGUCAAAGCAUUAAUGAACGUUACGAACGUAUUUGCAAUUUGGCUGCCCAUCGUCAGGCCCGUCUCAAUGAGGCCUUGACCUUGCAUCAAUUCUUCCGCGACAUUGCCGACGAAGAGAGCUGGAUUAAGGAGAAGAAGUUGUUGGUGGGCUCCGAUGACUAUGGCCGUGAUUUGACUGGGGUGCAAAACUUGAAGAAGAAGCAUAAGCGCCUUGAGGCAGAGUUGGCUUCACAUGAGCCAGCCAUUCAGGCUGUCCAAGAGGCGGGCGAGAAAUUGAUGGAUGUUUCCAAUUUGGGAGUGCCCGAAAUUGAGCAACGCCUCAAGGCCCUCAAUCAAGCUUGGGCUGAGUUGAAGAAUUUGGCUGCCACUCGUGGCCAGAAAUUGGAUGAAUCCCUGACCUAUCAACAGUUCUUGGCCCAAGUCGAAGAGGAGGAGGCCUGGAUUACUGAGAAGCAACAAUUGUUGUCUGUCGAUGACUUUGGUGAUUCCAUGGCUGCUGUUCAGGGUCUAUUGAAGAAACACGACGCCUUCGAAACCGAUUUUGCUGCGCACAAAGAUCGCUGCGCUCUGAUCUGUGAACAGGGCACCGAUUUGGUGGAGGCCAAGAAUCAUCAUGGCGAUUCCAUAAGUCAACGUUGUCAACAGUUGCGCAAUAAGUUGGAUAAUUUGAAUGCUUUGGCUGCCCGUCGCAAGGGUUCGUUGUUGGACAACUCUGCCUACUUGCAGUUCAUGUGGAAGGCUGAUGUGGUUGAGUCAUGGAUUGCCGAUAAGGAGAACUAUGUGCGUUCCGAUGAAUAUGGACGUGAUCUUUCCACAGUUCAAACUUUGUUGACCAAGCAGGAGACAUUUGAUGCAGGUCUUAAUGCUUUCGAACAGGAAGGUAUCCACAACAUUACCGCCUUAAAGGAUCAACUUAUCAAUGCCAACCAUGCCCAGUCACCGGCUAUUCUCAAACGCCACGAAGAUGUCAUCUCGCGUUGGCAGAAAUUGCGUGACGCCUCGGAGACACGCAAACAACGACUCUUGGCCAUGCAGGAGCAAUUCCGUCAAAUCGAAGAACUCUACUUGACAUUCGCCAAGAAGGCCUCGGCCUUUAAUUCUUGGUUCGAAAAUGCCGAAGAGGAUCUCACCGAUCCUGUUCGCUGCAAUUCGAUCGAAGAAAUUCGCGCCCUACGCGAUGCCCAUGCCCAAUUCCAAGCAUCGUUGUCAUCAGCCGAAGCUGAUUUUAAGGCCCUGGCAGCUCUUGACCAAAAGAUAAAGAGCUUCAAUGUUGGACCCAAUCCCUACACUUGGUUCACCAUGGAAGCUCUUGAAGAAACCUGGCGUAACUUGCAAAAGAUCAUAGAGGAACGAGAUGGCGAGCUGGCCAAGGAGGCCAAACGUCAGGAAGAGAACGACAAACUACGCAAGGAAUUCGCCAAGCAUGCCAAUCUAUUCCAUCAGUGGCUAACCGAGACUAGGUAUUAUAUGCUCGGUUAUAAUCGACAAGGAACAUCUAUGAUGGAAGGUUCCGGUUCUUUGGAACAACAACUGGAAGCACUUCGCGUCAAAGCCACAGAAGUACGUGCCCGUCGUGUUGAUCUAAAGAAAAUCGAAGAACUUGGCGCCCUACUCGAAGAACAUUUGAUUUUGGACAAUCGUUAUACGGAACAUUCAACGGUGGGCUUGGCCCAGCAAUGGGAUCAACUCGACCAACUGUCCAUGAGAAUGCAACACAAUUUGGAACAACAAAUACAGGCACGCAAUCAUUCGGGUGUAUCGGAAGAUUCCCUCAAGGAAUUCUCCAUGAUGUUCAAACAUUUCGACAAGGACAAGAGCGGCAAACUCAAUCAACAAGAAUUCAAAUCCUGCCUACGCGCCCUCGGCUACGAUCUGCCCAUGGUUGAAGAGGGACAACCUGACCCAGAAUUUGAGGCCAUACUCGAUGUUGUCGAUCCCAAUCGUGAUGGCUAUGUUUCGCUGCAGGAAUAUAUAGCAUUUAUGAUUUCGAAAGAAACCGAGAAUGUGCAAUCCUACGAAGAAAUCGAAAAUGCUUUCCGCGCCAUCACUGCCUCCGACCGUCCCUUCGUUACCAAGGAAGAAUUAUAUUGCAAUCUUACCAAGGAUAUGGCGGAUUAUUGUGUACUAAGGAUGAAGCCUUAUGUCGAACCCCGCUCUGGUCAACCCAUCAAAGAUGCUUUAGAUUACAUUGAGUUCACCCGAACUCUGUUCCAAAAUUAAAUUUGCUUUUAUAUAUUCUUUUCUAUAUAUAUUUAUCUUAUAAUUUUCUUUUUAAAAACCAACAAAAAUCAAUAUAAACAAAAAAUAUAUAUGGCUUAUAUUUAAUUUAUGCUCUUCAAACAAAACCCACACAAUUUUUUUUUAUAUAACAAUAAUUAUAAUUAGAAACAUGGCGUUAUAACAAGCCCCUACGCCAGCAGCAAUGCAAUUCCAAUUAUUUAUUUCAAGCUCCUUACUUGUUUUUUUUUUAUAUACAUACAACAAUACAAAAUAUGAGCAAACAAAAUAAAAACAAAAUAUUUAUAUUAAGCACUUUGAUAAAAGGUAUGCAAAGUAAAAAAAAAAAAACAAAAAUCGUUCUUCAUCAUCGUUUCAAUUUGAAAGCUAAAGCUGAAACGGAAACUGAAACUCAUAUCUCUAGCAUGUCAUUUUGUGACGGUCCACCCAUCACUCACUAUCUAUGGAGGCUAUUUGAUGUUUAUCUCCUUAUAAUCACUUAAUAACAAAGCUAAACAAACAAACGAAAAUAACUAAAACUAAUCGUCUUUCCAGUGAAAAAUUUAUAAAAUUCAAUAUACCUAGCAACUCCCUAUUACAAUACACAUUCACAAUUUGCCUAAUGAAAUAGCUAUCGGACAAUAUGUCUUUAAAAAGGAUGUAUGUGUUAUUGAUUCAUAAUAAAAACAAUUUCAAUUAUUAUAAAAAUCA